CACUCCCUGCCUCCUUGCCUGAUCCAGCUUAAGCCCCUGUCUGGGCAAGUCUGUCCCUCAGAGUGGGUGCUGAGCCUUUGAUGGCUGAAGGGGUGAAUGGAGCAGCAGCAGGAGAGGAUGUGGUACACGAAGCAGCUCUUUGGCAAUCGGUCAGAAGGGCCUCGCUCUCUGCCCAAGAAGGAGCUGCUUCCUGGAGCUCUCUUGAAGCCUGGUGAACUUGAUGAAGUUGGAGGUGAGAACAUGAGCCAGCUGGAAAGUAAGAACUGCUCCUUCGAUUAUGUGGAUAAGCUGACAAGUACCUUGCAGCUGGCAGUCCAUAUCCCCACUUUCCUCCUUGGCCUGGCUCUCAACCUGUUGGCCAUCCGAGGCUUCAGUGCCUUCCUGAAGAAGAACCGGACAGAAUACAUCGCCACGUCCAUCUACAUGAUCAACUUGGCUGUCUUUGACUUACUGCUUGUGCUCUCACUCCCAUUCAAGAUGGUCCUGCCGCAAGUGGAGUCCCCUUCGCCGGCCUUCUGCACUCUGGUGGAGUGCCUCUACUUCAUCAGCAUGUACGGGAGUGUCUUCACCAUCUGUUUCAUCAGCCUGGACAGGUUCCUGGCCAUCCAAUACCCAUUCCUGGUCAACUACUUCCGGUCCCCCAGGAAAACCUUUGGGAUCUGCUGCAUCAUCUGGAUCCUGGUAUGGAUCGGAAGCAUCCCCAUCUAUACUUUCCACAGGGAGGUGGAGAAAUACAAAUGCUUCCACAACAUGUCUGACAGUACCUGGAGCGCCAAGGUCUUCUUCCCUUUGGAGAUCUUUGGCUUCCUCCUUCCCAUGGGCAUCAUGGGCGUCUGUUCCUACAGGAGCAUACAGAUUCUGCUGGGCCAAGGGGCCGGAAAGAAAGCCAGCAUUUGGACCAUUGCUACUAAUCUUGUUGUCUUUGUGGUCUCCUUCCUCCCAGUGCACCUGGGUUUCUUCCUGCAGUUCCUGGUGAGGAACGGCUUUAUCUCGCAGUGCAGAAUCAAGCAAGGCAUCAGCUUAUUCUUGCAACUGGCUCUGUGUUUCUCCAACAUCAACUGCUGCCUUGACGUUUUCUGCUAUUACUUUGUCAUCAAAGAAUUUCAUAUGAGCCAAUCUGACAGGACACCAUGAUCACCAGGGGUUAAGGGAAGGCACCUCUCUCAAGGGAAGGAAAUCUCACUCCCAAAUUCUCGUAAGGAAUGUCCUGUGUUUCCCUUUGGACCCUUAGUACCAUCUUUGUUCCUUAUACCCCUAAAACCUUUCCACAGCACCUGGAUGGCUGACAUAUGUUAUACUUGUUUUGGGUUUGCUACGGAACCAGGUGAAGCCCCCAUUUCUAAGUCCAAAAUGCAUGAAGCAGAAGAAUCAAAAACCACAACAGAACAAAACAAAACACAAUGUGACUUCAAAAGUCUGUCUCUCAGCUUUCCCAUCCUCCCAUUCUGUUGGAAGAGCCCAGAAAGGAAGAGAGAUGGAGAAUGGAUCAGGGCGGGGAAUCUAGAGCAUUUUCACAAAGAGUCAGGGAUAAGGAAGACAGAUAGGAUUAGAUGGAAGGAGGGUGGGUGUGAAGCAGGUCAUGGGCAAAGAGGAGACACGAUGGUGCCAAUGGGGACGGGGUGGAAAGGGACUAGAAUGUACCCAGGGAAGGAAAGAGACACAGCAGAGCUGGAAUUGGAUGUCCCCUCUCCUAUUGUCAUCUGGUAGUGGUGCUGUCCCAGGACUAAGAAAGUCCCAGCCUAAAAAAAGAAAGCUCUUGCCAGUGGCACAGGCAUUUAAUCCCAGCACAUGGGAGACAGAGGCAGGAGGAUCUCUAUGAGUUCAAAGCCAGCUUGGUCUAGAGAGUGAGUUCCAGGACAAUCAUGGCUCAGAAAACAAAACAAAG